AGACUCCAGAAAGAUGUCUUAUCAGCAGCAGCAGUGCAAGCAGCCCUGCCAGCCACCUCCAGUAGUGUGCCCCCCCAAGUGCCCUGAGCCUUGCCCACCUCCAAAGUGUCCUGAGCCAUGCCCACCUCCUCAGUGCCAGCAGAAAUGCCCUCCUGUGCCACCUCCCCAACAAUGCCAGCAGAAGUGCCCACCCAAAAGCAAGUAGAAGCAUCAGCUUGCAUCUGGAUCAGGAAAGGAUGAGGACAGCUGACUCACCUGGCUCCACAGCUCCACCUUCAUCUUCCCUUUACAGCCUAUCAUGGAUAUAGAAGAAGCUUCUCCAUCCUUCAGCCUGCAGUAUGCCUGUGGUGAUACCUGACAGCCAGAGCUUUCCUUCCUGAGGCUGCUGUUCUGCUCUCCUCUGGGAGGACAGCUGGGAAAGCACCACGGAGCUUCAGAUGGAAGAGCAGCAGCUUUUCUCCUGGGCACCAUCAGAGGAUUCUCUCCCUCUCUUGGGUCUGUCUGUCACCUGGGCAGGGGUUUCUACCAGCUGGUCAACUGUUGCUUAUCCU